UGUCCUCACUGGAGAAGAAGCAAUAUUUUGUGCUGUUCGCAGACAUUUUUUAAUCUUGCAAGUGAUUGUUAAAAUUGCCUCUUUAUUAUUACCAAUAUGAAUUCUGAAAAGCCACAGAACACAGAACCAUUUCAUUGUGAUAUUGGGGCAAAAACUUUCCCACAAGAUCUCCAACUGACCAACAAUCAACCAGUCCACACUGGAGAGAAACCAUUUACUUGUGUCAUUUGUGGAGAGCGUUUUACUAAUCAGGGGGCUCUUACUGACCAUCACCUAACUCACACUGAGGUGAAACCGGUUUUCUGUGACAUUUGUGGAAAAGGUUUCUUCAGUGAGCCUAGCCUGAUCACCCAUCAGCAAGUCCACACUGGAGAGAAACCAUUUGUUUGUGACAUUUGUGGAAAGGCCUUCUCACAAAAGCAUUGCUUGACCAUCCACGACUGUAUCCACACUGAAGAGAAACCGUAUCCUUGUUCAAUAUGCGGAAAAUCCUUCAGACAAAAACCCCACCUGACUGACCAUCAACGUAUCCACACUGAAGAGAAACUAAUUGUAUUUGUUUGUGAUAUUUGUGGAAAAGGUUUCUUCAGUGAGCCUAGCCUGAUCACCCAUCUGCAAGUCCACACUGGAAAGAAACCAUUUGUUUGUGACAUUUGUGGAAAAGCAUUCUCUAAAAAAGGUCCACUAAAUCUUCACCAGAAAGUACACACUGGAGAGAAAACAUUUGCUUGUGAUAUUUGUGGAAAGUGUUUUGCCCAUAAAUACGCUCUUUCUUACCAUCACCAAACUCACAUUGAGGAGAAAACUCACAUUGAGGAGAAAACUCACAUUGAGGAGAAAACUCACAUUGAGGAGAAAACUCACAUUGAGGAGAAAACUCACAUUGAGGAGAAAACUCACAUUGAGGAGAAACCAUUCAUUUGUGAUAUUUGUGGAAAAGUCUUUAAAUCUAAAAAGAAAUUUUGCAGACACAAACAGUUCCACUCUGUAAAGAAAUCAUUUUUUUGUGACACUUGCGGAAAAGAUUUUUUUCAAAAUAUUCAUCUAAUCUCUCACCGGAGAGUCCACACUGGAGAGAAACCAUUUGUUUGUGACAUUUGUGGAAAGGCAUUUUCUCAUAAAAACUGUUUAGAGCGCCACCUCAGAGUACACACUGGAGAGAAACCGUUUGUUUGUGACACUUGUGGAAAAGCAUUUGCUGAUGGAAGAAGCCUAAGUAGACACCAAAGUGUCCACACUGGAGAGAAAUCAUUCAUUUGUGACAUUUGUGGAAAAGAUUUUUCUCAAAAAGUCAAUCUAGUUUGUCAUCGGAGAGUACACACUGGAGAGAAACCAUUUGUUUGUGACAUUUGUGGAAAAGCAUUUUCUCAAAAAAGCACAUUAGAUUUACACCAAAGAGUCCACACCGGAGAGAAACCAUUCAGUUGUGACAUUUGUGGACAAUGUUUCGCUUAUAAGUGGUCUCUCCCUAAACAUAAAAAAACUCACAUUGAGGAGAAACCAUUUGUUUGUGAUGUUUGUGGAAAAGUCUGGAAAUCUAAAAAGAAAUUUGACAAACACAAGUGUGUCAACACUUGAGAGAAACCAUUUGUUUGUGAUAUUUUGGGGAAAAGUCUUUUUCGGUGGUCUGUUUUUCCAUCUGGCCGAAAAAGCUUUCCAGCGCUCCAUAUUUUGUUUGGCCAGAGAAAUAUAUUUUAUUGAAAACAAAUUUCCGGUGCUCUGUAAUUCAUCUUGCCGGAGAAAAUAGUUAUCUUUAAGUAUUCAGCAACUAUUCCACACUUAAAGGAAAGCAUUGUUUGAGAUAUUUGUGGAAAUUUUUGCUCACACAGAAUUGAAACACUGGAGAGAAAACAGUUUUAAUGUGAAAUUUUUUGAUGUGAAAAAAAAACAUUUUCUAAACGGAGCAAUUUAUAAGCCAUCACCACAGAGUCCUCACUGACAAAAUUUAUGAAAAGUCAUCUUAUGAUACAUGUAAGAUGCUCUUAAAGGCAGUGGACACUAUUGGUAAUUGUCACAGACGGGUCUUCUCACUUGGUGUAUCUCAACAUAU